AAAAUAUUUUCAUUGUAAAGCCGGGAAAACCAGCGAGGAAACUAACCUUCUAGAGUAAAAGAGAAUCUCAGAAGAAGGAAGGAGGUGAUGAUGAAGGGUAUUGGAAAGGUAAUUAGUUCGGCUAUUAUCAACAAGACCUUUUGCAAUCGAAUCGGCACUCGUUAUGCUUCCACCCGCCUCUUAUUCUUCUCUUCAUCGGCUAUAUUGCCUUCACAAAUCCAUCCAGAGCUUGCUAAUCUCACGCCGUCUACAUCAAGUUCAUCAUUCCCCCGCUCAAAAUUAGGACUUUUUACAGGACAGAGGAGAACCAUGUUUAUCCAAACGCAGUCCACUCCUAAUCCUUCAUCACUAAUGUUCUACCCUGGUAAACAAGUUAUGGAAAUAGGAAGUGCCGACUUUCCAAAUGCUCGCUCAGCUAUGAAUUCACCACUAGCAAAGUCCCUGUAUGGCAUUGAUGGGAUUUCCCGUGUUUUCUUUGGAUCAGACUUUGUGACUGUAACGAAAUCAGAUGAUGUUGAAUGGGAUCUCUUGAAACCUGAAAUAUUUGCUGCAAUAAUGGACUUCUAUUCUUCUGGUAAACCGUUAUUUCUUGAUGCAAGCACUGCAGCUGCCAUGGACACUGCAAUCAAUGAAGAGGAUUCAGAAAUUGUUGCUAUGAUUAAAGAGCUGUUGGAGACUCGGAUCCGGCCAGCAGUACAAGAUGAUGGUGGAGAUAUUGAGUACCGAGGAUUUGAUCCAGACACGGGAAUAGUCAAGCUAAGAAUGCAAGGAGCUUGUAGUGGCUGUCCAAGCUCAUCUGUUACUCUGAAAUCUGGGAUUGAAAACAUGCUAAUGCACUAUGUCCCUGAGGUAAAAUGCGUGGAACAGGAAAUGGACGAUGAAGAUGAAGAAGCAAGCUUACCUGGUUAAGUAUUCUAUGGAGUUUUUGUUUUGUAAUGUUUGUUUGAGAGAGCAUUUUGUCAAACCAACUAAAGCUAUAGUAAUAAGUAAUAUUGCUGGCAUUGAUAAACUCAUUUAUUAUUCGUCGUAUAAUAAAAUUAUUUAUCUUGAUGUUAAUCAAACAUUGACGUCUUAUAUUGGAUAUGUUUGUUUAACGUUAAGUAUAGUUAAAGUAGCA